ACGAGCUGGAACAUUUUGUUUAGGAAGCCCAAAUAUUUAGAACAUCUGGACUGGCAGCCUGUGGCGCACCGGGCAGGUUUAUCGGCAACUUUUAACCUUUUAGCAGCUCGAAGUAAAGUCUGCCAUUUUAGACAGGCGGAGGUUUAACUUCUCCCGACCUCGACCAGGAAGAACGGCUAACUUUUAUUACGGCAAGAGUUUAAGUAAUGACAGAUAAACACGCAAUCGCCUCAUGCUUACUUUCGACGAAAAAUAAGCUAUGGAUAUACGCGACGGGAAGAGAAGAAGGAAGGUAAGCGGCGCAGUGCGGAGCUGCAGGCGCGGCGCGGCCGCCAAGAUGAAGCGGGAGGCGGUGAAGGUCCUCCGCUCCCUCACCGUGGGGAACAACAACAAGCGUGCCGAGGCCAUGGACGAGGAGGAGGAAGAGGACGAGGACUGCUUCUCCAUCUCCUUCCUCCGGGGUGACCCCUCCAGGCCGGCGGCGGCCGCCGUGUCUCCGCGGUACAGCCUGCUGCGGGAGGUGGGCCGGGGCAGCUACGGGGUGGUGUACGAGGCCGUGGCCCGCAGGACCGGGGCCCGGGUGGCGGUGAAGAGGCUCCAGUGCGACGCCCCGGAGAACGUGGAACUGGCAUUGGCCGAGUUCUGGGCCCUGACGAGCCUGGAGAACCGACACCAGAAUGUGGUUCAACUGGAGGAGUGCGUGCUGCAGCGGAACGGCCUGGCCCAGAAGAUGAGCCACGGUAACAAGAAGUCCAAGCAGUAUCUGCGGCUGGUGGAGACCUCCCUCAAAGGUGAGCGCAUCCUUGGUUACCCAGCGGAGCCAUGCUACCUUUGGUUUGUCAUGGAGUUCUGUGAAGGUGGGGACCUCAACCAGUACAUCUUGUCUCGGCGACCCGACCCCCAGACCAACAGCAGCUUCAUGCUCCAGCUAACAAGUGCCAUUGCUUUCCUUCACAAGAACAACAUUGUCCACCGGGAUCUGAAGCCAGACAACAUUCUCAUUUCACAGAAAUCUGGUUCACCUGUACUUAAGGUAGCAGACUUUGGUCUCAGUAAGGUUUGUGCUGGACUCACCUCCAAGACCAGUGAAGAAGAUCCUACAGCGAGAGCAGGUGGCAAAGGGAGCAACCAGUACAACACUGUCAACAUCAACAAGUUCUGGUUAUCGUCAGCUUGCGGCUCAGACUUUUACAUGGCCCCAGAGGUUUGGGAGGGCCACUACACAGCUAAAGCUGACAUCUUUGCCCUUGGCAUCAUCAUUUGGGCAAUGGUCGAAAGAAUCACGUUCAUUGAUGCAGAGUCGAAGCGUGAACUACUGGGCACCUACGUUCGACAGGGCUCUGAGAUCAUUCCUGUUGGGGAAGCUCUGCUGGAGAACCCUAAGAUGGUUCUGCACAUCCCUCAGAAGGCCAGGAGCUCUAUGACUGAAGGGGUAAAGAAACUCCUUAUGGACAUGCUUGCAGUAAACCCUCAGGAUCGACCAGAUGCUCUCCAACUGGAAAUACGAAUGGAUCAAGUCACUUUUGCUGCAUGACAAACACUUCUAACCUUUCCUUUUUUGCCCCAACCGAUCCAAGAAGGGACCCAUUUCCUCUCCAGACCUGUUGUCUCCGUGGCAGUGGACGAGGAAGGGAAAACGACUCUGACAACCUGAAAUGUGAAGACUCACAAUCUAGAACUGAGCUGCAAGACAAACUGGAGCAUUAUUCCAAACCUCUGGGGCAGAAAAAAUAUGCAAAUAAACUUGUUACAAUCUCUUUUUUUUCUAUUAGCUUAUUGGGGAGAUGGACAAUGCCAGAGGCAAGUCAGAGUGCUGGCUGGAUCAGAAAGCAGCUUUCAUUUUGUAAUCUAGUUUGUUUUAUGAGUUUGUUCUUCCUUCACUUUUGUACUGUAGUGAACUAUGAGGCAGGUUAGCCGUGUUCUCACUGAUUAAAGCAUUAUAAUAACUCUGAAGAGCAGAUGACUGCUACCCUCAAACAUCCCUGUGCCUUUAAGAGGAUUCACCCCGAGUCGACUGGAUCUACGGGAGAAUUCAUCCUGAAGGUCCUGAACCAAGAUGGAAACCUGAGACGUCUGCAAGCUUGUGAAGCUUCAGGCUGGCAAAAUGUGCAAACACUUUUGUUUUUAAUGUUGUGACACUUUUUGAAUGAUUCAUCAAGCGGGUAUGAUUUCAGAGGAGACAGUGGGGGGGGUCUCUCAGAGUUCAACACUGAGGUGCAAUUAGGAAUCAGAAAAAUCUCCCAGAAUCUUAAAAACAGAGAACGAUAGCGAUGUGUGUUGACAAUGAUCUGCGCCACAUUCCAGAGGCAGAAGGAUGAAGAUCUGAUAGGUUUUUAGAGAUGAAGUGGACUCGUCAUAUCAGGCCUUUCAACCCGUGCAGUUGUAACCAAACAAGAGAAUUUAAACUCGUGUUACCGGGCAUUAGUUCCUGUUUAAACCAAAGAGCCCCUCAUGGACCAAGUGCACACGGUUUUUCUUUGCCAUAAGAGUUCUUCAUGACCAAGGAGUCACUUUUUGAUGAUUUUUUUCCAGCGCUAGCAGAUGUUUUAGCAACUGAAUGUUUUUCUGUAGAGGUUGAGUGUGGCAUUUUGGACAGGCUGACAGAAAACCUCCAUAUACAUUAGAAAAUGUGCAGAUUUCAGCCAUUUCCAGCAUUGCACCUUAUGUAUUUUCAAGCUUGUAACGGGUUUGGAUGAUGUGAAGUAGGUUACUUUGUAGCUUUUACACGUGAACAGUAUCGAGUCUUUAAAUAUUUCAUUGUACGGUGCAUUUGGGGGUUUCUUCAGGAAAUUGCAAGCUGUACCAUCUGAGAAUAAUCCCAAAGGCACACGGAGACACGCAUCCUUUUCUCUGGUUCCUUCUCUCUUAUUGAAGUGAUUUGAACUCUUUGGGUUGUAGCCUGCUGACUGGUUAGACAGGAAAUCACAGAACGUUUGGACUUGUCUGCUAUGGAGCCCUAAAGGCAAAUGAAAAAUCCAGAGCUUGAAGGACUUCCAGGGGAAUAUGACUGAACAAACGGCCUACAGAGAGAGAAAGCAUGAAAUGUUGACACCAGCCUCUCUUUGGGACAUGAGUGUCCUUCAGUGACUUGGCUCUGCAGCCACAGCAGUUCUGUGACUUGUUUUAGUUCUUCUGCAGCGUGAUCCUACCUCGUGCUUAACACUCAUCACCCUCAAUUGUCUGUAGUAACGUCUUAGGUGUGAGGAUAGGGUGCACAGUGGCUGAGUAGGAAAGCAUCUUACCUCCUGUGUUACUCUGUGUUUUAUUCUUCCUUCAGAGGUUCUGGCUGGAACCAACACCUGUCCUUUUCUCAGAGUCUUGACUAAAUGUACAUCUUACCCAUGAGCCAUAGUACGUCAAUUUAUAAACUACAGCUCCAAUAAGGGUUUUACCAGGAUAAUCUGAAGGCAGAUGGUGGUAUUUAACCCUCCUUUGGGUUCAU